AGAGAGAGAGAGAGAGACUACCCGUGGCCUCGUGUGUGUGUGUGUGUGUGUGUGUGUGUGCACCUCAACCACCACCACAGCCUCCCGUCCCGUCCGCCUCUCUGUCAGUCUGUGCACAGCCAUGAACGGUGAAGUCAAGAGCGCGGGGCCGAAGUUACCCAGCGAGGCGGAGUGUAGGGACAUCUGGCGGUCAGCCGAUGCCGUGUGUUUCGAUGUGGACUCCACCGUGAUUGUGGACGAGGGACUGGACCAGCUGGCGGCCUUCUGCGGGAGAGCCAGCGAAGUUAAGAAGCUCACCGAAGAGGCCAUGCAGGGAGGGAUGGACUUCAGGGAGGCUCUCAGGACACGGCUGGGUCUCCUACACCCCAGCCUGGAGACCAUACGAGCCUUCACCAGAGCCAACCCGCCCAAGCUGACCAAGGAUGUGGAUAAGCUGGUGGAGGUGCUGCAGGGGCGGGGGGUGGAUGUGUACCUGGUGUCUGGGGGGUUCUGCUCCCUCAUCGCCCCCGUGGCCAAGCUGCUCAACAUCCCCCUCGAGAACAUCUUCGCCAACAGACUCAAGUUCUUCUUUGACGGUGAAUAUGGCGGCUUUGAUGAGGGGCAGCUAACGAGUCGGUCGGGCGGCAAGGCGGAGGUUGUGUCGUACCUGAAGCGGCGCGAGGGAUACACCCGCGUCGUCAUGGUGGGCGACGGCAUUACGGACCUGGAGGCCUGCCCCCCCGCCGACGCCUUCAUCGGGUUUGGCGGCAAUGUGGUGCGGCCCGCUGUACGUAGUCAGUCCACUUGGUUCGUGCAUGACUUUGCCACGCUGAUCACUGAGCUGGAGAAGGAAGACUAGCGUUUACCCCCCCAGCGCUGACCUCCUGCGCUGACCUCACUGAAUGAAUGGAUGGUUGAUAGAGGAAGGGAGAGAUGGAUGAGGGAGUUAGUUGACCGGCUGACUAAUGGGUUGGCUGAUUGACUGACUUGCUGACUAAUUGGUUGAGUCAUUGCUUGGUUGACUGACUGGUUUGCUGACUAAUUUAUUGACUUGACUGUUUGACCUGCUGACUAAAUUGUUGACUGACUGGCUGACUGACUGACUAAAUGGGUGACUGACUGGCUGGCUGACUGACUAAAUGGGUGACUGACUGGCUGACUGACUGACUAAAUGGGUGACUGACUGGCUGACUGACUGACUAAAUGGUUGACUGACUGGCUGACUGACUGACUAAAUGGUUGACUGACUGGCUGACUGACUGACUAAAUGGUUGACUGACUGGCUGACUGACUGACUAAAUGGUUGACUGACUGGCUGACUGACUGACUAAAUGGUUGACUGACUGGCUGACUGACUGACUAAAUGGGUGACUGACUGGCUGACUGACUGACUAAAUGGGUGACUGACUGGCUGACUGACUGGCUGGCUGACUGACUGACUGACUGACUAAAUGGGUGACUGACUGGCUGACUGACUGACUAAAUGGGUGACUGACUGGCUGACUGACUGACUAAAUGGGUGACUGACUGGCUGACUGACUGACUAAAUGGGUGACUGACUGGCUAACUGACUGACUAAAUGGGUGGCUGACUGGCUGACUGGCUGCCUGACUGACUGACUGACUGGCUGACUGGUUGACUGGUUGACUGGUUAACUCCCACCACGAACGCACAUCCAUCCACCAUAACAAGCUGCCAAAAUAUCAGAAAGAAGAUAAUUUAGAAAGCAAAAAGAAGUACAUAGGUGAGUCUUUUGUAGCUUGAGGGAAAAGUGUAUUAUUUUUGUUAAAGGAGAGAGUGGAUAUAUUUUGUUAGUCCCGAUGUUGGUUUUGUAUUACCUUUGUGUGUAUAAGGGUGUGUGUUAGGGAAGGGGGGGUAGGGAGAGAGAGAGAGGGAGGGUAGUGUGUGUGUGUGUAUAUAUAUUGUGUGUGUGUGUGUUGCUUUGAUUUCAUGGACAAACACACAAACAGAUCUAAAGGUGGACACAUACACACCUGCACACCUUAAUCAACACACACACACACACACACACACACACACACACACACACACACACACACACACACCAAUUAUAAGUCUGUAAACAAGGACUCAUCAAUAGUUUGUGUGUGAGAGGCAAACAAGAGAGAGAGAGAGAGAGAUGAGAGGGAUAAGGUAGUGUAGAAAUAAGAGAAAUAAGAGAAAUAAAGAGAAUGAGAAGGAAUAAGAGAGAAUAAAAGUGGAUCAAAACAUAAUAUCCAAUGCUCUUAUGUUUGUGUUAGGUAUCAUUGAGUGUGUGUGUGUGUGUGUGUGUGUGUGUAUAUAUAUAUAGUGCCAAUCUUACUGUUGAAACGCAUACAUGAAAAGCGAAAUUACACACACGAACAGUAUUUGAAAACGUAUAUAUGUACAUAGGAAGAUGAGAAGAAUAACUUAUAAAUAUAUAGACCAAAGGAAAAGCCCUAAGCAGAUACAGUGUGACGGAAGGAAGGAGUUUAUUGGACACAUUGACAUAGAACAUUUACAUUGAAACUUGAAACUCUAAGCAUAGGAUUGAAACAUAUGGAAACACUUGAGAGAGUCCUAUGUCUUACUGUUGAGUGAUAGAGACUGGUGAUGGUGAUGGUGGUGAUAGUGGUGAUGGUGAUGAUGGUGAUGGUGGUGAUGAUGGUGGUGGUGAUGAUGGUAAUGAUGGUGAUGGUGGUGGUGAUAGUGAUGAUGGUGAUGGUAGUGAUGAUGGUGAUAUCACGGUGGUGGUGAUGGUGAUGGUGGUGAUGAUGGUAAUGGUGAUGGUGGUGAUGAUGGUGAUGGUGGUGAUGGUGGUGAUGGUGAUGAUGUUGGUGAUGGUGAUGAUGGUGGUGAUGGUGAUGGUGAUGGUGGUGAUGGUGAUGGUGAUGAUGGUGGUGGUGAUGAUGGUGAUGAUGGUGAUGGUAAUGAUGGUGGUGAUGGUGAUGGUGGUGAUGAUAAUGAAGGUGAUGGUGACAGUGUAUAUAUGUGUGUAUAUGAGGUGCCUAGAGUAUAAGGAUGAAGUCACAGUUUUCAAGUUUUGGAAUUAAGAAAAAAAACAAAAAUCGUAACUUGUCCAUCGGCUUUGCUUUGAAAAAAACAUAAUUCAUUUGUUGAGUAAUACACGUAACUGAUUUUGUGAGUACAGAUUUCCCAUGUGAUGAAUAGUACAGGCAAUUAGUUUUUUAAUAUCACAAGCACACUUAACUAUGGUUCAUUUUCAAUAUUUCAUUCUUACGAUCACCUUUCUUCAUUUUCCUUUGCUCUCAUCUUUUUAAUAGGACAGGUAACGCUUGUGUUGAAUAGUACAGGCAAUUAGUUUUUUAAUAUCACAAGCACAGGCCUCCUCCACUUAACUAUGGUUCAUUUUCAAUAUUUCAUUCUUACGAUCGCCUUUCUUCUUUUUCCUUUGCUCUCAUCUUUUUAAUAGGACAGGUAAUGCUUGUGUUGAAUAGUACAGGCAAUUAGUUUUUUAAUAUCACAAGCACAGGCCUCCCCCACUAUGGCUUGUUUCACUAUAUUUCAUUCCUACAAUUACCUUUCUUCAUUCUCCUUCGCUCCCUUGAACUGAAGAAGCAAAAGACCUUCAUAUAUUCACACUAAACUCUCCUUGACCUCACCUCCAUGCCUGCCCCUGGUGACCUCAUCCUCGCGCUCCAGACGCCUCACUAAGAUGACUUCAGUUCCUCUGCACUCACGGCAACACAUCAACGUCCAUAGAGAAAUAAAGACAUCAUCCUCGUUCAGCAGGAAUAUAGUGUUAUUUUCAUUCCCUUAUUUUUUUUCUUUAACAGGCAUAUUUUUUUUUCAUUCCCCUUUAUUUAAUUCAUUUUUUAUUUGUAUUUAUCUUAUUUUUUCUUUGUUUUCUUCAAUAGGCAUUUUUUAUUUAUGCUCAUUUCCUUUUUUUUUUUUUUUUUUUUUUUUUGUGUGUGUGUGUGUGUGUGUGUGUGUGUGUGUGUUUGUGUGUGUGUGUUUUGUCAUGGAGCUGCGACCUAUUAUCAAACUGGUGAGGUCAAGUAUGUUUUUGUUCUCUCCUUUUUUCCUUUCUCUCUCUCUCUCUCUCUCUCUCUCUCUCUCUCUCUCUCUCUCUCUCUCUCUCUCUCUCUCUCUCUCUCUCUCUCUCUCUCUCUCUCUCUCUCUCUCUCUCUCUCUCUCUCUCUCUCUCUCUCUCUCUCUCUCUUCAUCAUUCCCGGUGCAAUAUUUUCAUCAUUCACUAAAUUUAAUCAUCAUGUCGGGUCUUUGCUAAUCUGCUUUCUUCCUUUUUUUCUUUUAUAGAUAUCUUUUUGUUCUUUCCUUAUAUAUUUUUCUCUUAUUGUAUUUUUAAGUCUGUUUCAUGAUUGUUUUAUUUCAUUGUGCUUUAGUUUCUUCAGUUCUGAUCUUCAACUACAUCAGCUGACCUUAAAGAAAAAAGUUCAUAAGUUCAUAGUUUUUUUUCACAUUUCCAUUUUUCAUUCGUUUCCUGAAGUUUUUAAUGUGUAUUUUAUGUGGUUGUACGUUAGGCAGUAUAAAAAAAAUGUUGAUAUUUUUGGUAUUUAUUUUCUUAGCUUCCAAGUAUAUGGGUCGUAUUAUGAAACAUUUCGUCACUCAAGAACACAUAUUUGACAAGGCAUUUGUAGGAGUUGUGGGCAUUUCCAGGUGUAGUUAUGACCCUGGUGGUAGUGUGACCCUUCCUCUGUACGGUGAACCUGAAGAAACACUCAUUAGAACCCGACUGACCCCCUCUUUGACCUUUAGAAACAGCUGAUGUGAGAACUGAAAGUGUCUUGUAAUACUGACCUAUAUUUUAAGUGUGUGGGUGGUGGGGAGUGUUUAAAGUUGUGAUAGCUUUUUUAUCACCGUCACAGACGCCGAUAAACAGAUCGUCCAUCUUGUUCUCUUCAAGUUUUUGUCCUGGCUUACCCGUGCAUUGUAGACAUGACAUUAUAUAAUAAGCCCUGAUGAACCCUACAUGGCAUUAUAUAUAUAUAUAUAUAUAUAUAUAUAUAUAUAUAUAUAUAUAUAUAUAUAUAUAUAUAUAUAUAUAUAUAUAUAUAUAUAUUUUUUUUUUUUUUACGUCUUGGCCUGUGGCGCUGGUAGGCCUUCAUAGUAGGGCCUGAUGGUCGGCCCCAGCCCGUUGUGGUGCAGGCAAGUGUUUAUAGUGGUGCCAUCUUCACUUUUCAGCAUUUUCCAUUUUAGACCCCUGGUUGCAUAAUAUAAAUUGUUGGGGGUGUGUUGGAGGGUCAGGCGACGCCGAUCUAGCACAGUGUUUGUGCUAUCAACACUUGUUCCAAGUGUGUGUUGUAAACAAAGCGGAGAAAAGAAACACAAGAACAAGGAUUCUGACACUUAAAUUAGGAUGUUGAUAAAAAAAAAAAUGUUCAGCGGUUGUUACGCUGAGAAUGAGAAUAUAAUAUAAACAGUUUCAAUAAUAUUACAGCAUAAUAAAAAAAAAAUAUGACUUCCACAAUUUUUUUUUUAUAUGAACACAAUAAAAAAAUCAAAGCUGAAUUAUCAUUACACUGGGGAACACAGAGGAGAGUAUCAGGACACCACUCCACACAAAAUUGACCUCUCUUUUGGCCACUCUACUUGUAUUUUUUUCCAGGAGCAGUUUUAUGAGCCGGCCUUUUUUCCCACACUUUUUUAUGCCCUUGAGCUGCUUCCUUCCCUGUAAGAAAACAAAAAAACAUUGAAAGUGAUGAUAAUGAAAACAAUUUAAAUCAUUUUGCUCUCACUUAACCCAGUAGCAGCGACGGGCCAAAUUUGUGCCAUGACAUAAACCCCCCAAAAUAGAUGAUACAUAACAUGAUCACAAAUGUUUUGAUAUAUAUUAUGAAAUGGUUUGUGUGAGGGGUGAUUUUUU